CGUUCACAUCGAACGGGACUUUUAUUUUGGUAUGGUGGUGUGACGUCACAAGGCUGCGCCGCGCUCCUGCGUCUGUGAUUCGGAUCAACGAAGAAGCAGCUGAGACACUAUUAUAAAGAUGGCCUUUACUAAAGAAGAGAGUGAAGAUGUGAGGAUUGAAGAGGUGUUCAGUCUGAAGCAAGAAGAUACUGAGGAACACACAGGCCUGAUGCCGCUGAAAGAGGGGAGUCAAGAACUGAAUGAAAAGGAAGAACAAAAUCUGUAUGAAAAUUUCGAUUUCACAACUGGAGAAAAAACUUUUGAUUGCUCACUGACUAACAAGACAUCCACACAAAAUAGAAGCCUCUCCUGCAUUCAGUGUGGAAAGGGUUUCUCUAGACAUGCAAACCUUGAAGUCCAUAUGAGAAUUCACAAAGGAGAGAAGCCUUUUACAUGCAAACAGUGUGGAAGGAGUUUCACUGAAAAAGGAAGCCUUAACAGGCACAUGAGAAUUCAUACCGGAGAGAAGCCGUUCACCUGCCAACAAUGUGGAAAAAGUUUCUCUGAUAGGGGACACCUCAACGGCCACAUGAGUGUUCACACUGCAGAGAGACCUUUCACCUGCUCUCAGUGUGGAAAAAGUUUCAAUCAAAGAAACGUCAGCGUCUGGAACAAAAAGCUGUACUUGAACACCGCUCUCAGACUUCAGCCGACUGCAAACUAA